AGCUAUCUAAAGUCGCAUUAUCACCGAGAUAAAAGCUCAGAGAUGUGUCGCCGUGACAGUGGCAUCGCAGCUUGGUCGCUAAGCUCUUAACUUUUACUCUUCAUCCUCCUCACAAUUCCGCCUUCAUCGUUUUCCGCUGAAAUUUCUUAAACCGACGUCGUUUUUUUCCAGCGAUGACUCUGCGCGCACAUGUUCGGUCUCUUCGUCGAAAUUUGAAAACCCACGGCCGGGUCGGUGCGAGCCUUCCUCUGCGGAGAUACGUCGUUUUUGCACGGGGAAUUCGGGCUAGUGCCGCGUUUCGAGCAUAACAUCGAACUUAAAAUGUGACGUCAUAAAAGGUGCGCUGAAUUUUGAUGGUGUCUCACCAGGUCAAAAUACUUUUCCACUUUAGUCUCAAGUGUUAUAUUUGUUUUGGGAUCCUCGUGUGGUGGUGGGAAUCGAGUUUACGAGGAAUUCCGCCAGGAGCAGCAGCUCUGCUCUCCUGCAGGGAGGAUUCGGCCAAUAGGAGAUGGAGUUGACGGGGCUACUGACGACUUGCGUUGCGAUCCUGGUGCUGCUGUGCGGGUGGGUGGCGAGCGAAGACACGUUCGCGUUCGACUGCUACAGCGACACGGGGUUCGGGCACCUGGAGCGGGCGGUGGUGCUCAACUGCUCGGGCAAGGCGCUGGCCUCGACGGCCGGGCUCGGGGCCUGGCUCCUCCAGCACGCCACCUUCGCCGAGCUCCUAGCCAAGCCCAAGAUCGAGCUCACCCUCAGCUUCGACUCGAACGCCAUCAGGACCGUCGGCGUCUUCCCGCACCUUCCGCGCGCCCGCCGUCUCUCCCUCAGCCGCAACCUCAUCCAGGAGAUCCUCCCCGGGGCAUUCACCAACCUCACCAACCUCCAGGAGCUCGACCUCAGUCAUAACCUCAUCACAGGGAAGGCGCUGAAUCCUGAUGUGUUUCGCGGAGCUUUCAGUCGGGAACUGUACGAGCCGCUCUCGGUGAAAAUCCUGAAUCUGAGCGGGAACCAAAUUCACUCGUUGAGCCGAAGCGUUUUCGAGCAUCUUCAGUUCUUGGAGCAACUCGACUUGGACAACAACCCCAUCAAAAUCGUCGACCACACCACGACACUAGCUUUUUCCACUUUGUCCAGACUUAAGUGGUUGGACAUGGGUUACACGCAACUGAAGAAGAUCCCAGGGGAGAUGUUGCGGCACACCCCGAUCCAGACGCUGUACCUGAACGGGAACAAGUUGGAGGCGAUCCCUCGGGAGCUCGGGGAGCUGCGGCGGACCCUGACCUCGCUCAACCUCAACGACAAUCUCAUGAUGGAGGUGAGUGCCGGGGACCUGAGCGACCUGGGCAAGCUGGAGGACCUCGAGAUGAGCGGCAUGUCCCGACUCAGGCGGAUCCAGGCCAGGUCCUUCGUCCAUCUCACCGCUCUCAGGAGGUUCGUCUGCUCCUACAACCCAGUCCUCAGCGACGUCGGCCCGCAUCUCUUCCAUCAUCCACCGGAGGAGGUAAUCAUGAGGAAUAAUGCUCUAUCUACGCUGUUGAAGGAUGUAACGCAAUGGGAUCACGUGAGAAAUUUGGAUUUGCAAAGCAAUCCCUGGAAUUGUGACUGUCAAAUUGGCUGGUUGAUUUCCUUGAUAGCAAUGCGAUCGUAUGAAGACCCUGAUUUCUUCAUGGAAGUAAAAUGCACCUCACCGGAGUGGCUGCGCGGCUACCGACUUGACAGCCUGAUCGAGCACAUCAAGACGAUGUGCCACUUCUCGACGAGCGGCGGUCACCCCCUGACAUCGAGCAAGACGCAGCUGCAGAUGACAUCCCUGGUGGCGGGGAUCUUCAUCCUGGCGGCUCUAAGCGCCUUCCUCAUCCGUAGCGGGCGGCUCUCACCCCCGUGCGCGAUGCCCCGGCUCUGGUUCCUGAGCCUGAGGCCCGGGCGCGAGACCCGACUCCACGGCUCCGUCCAGUCCAGCAUCAAGUACCAGAAAGCCGACCAGAGCGAGAAGCUCUGCGAGAUGAUCGAGUUCAAGCGGGAGUCUCAGUAUAUCGAUACCUGCGUCUGAGUCUGCUGAAGAGCCAGCUCAUCUAAGUUGCUCGCCCUUGAUCAUCCUGGAAUGUCAAUUCUAGUCCCUGCUCAAGUUUAUGAAACAUGACCCUUCAUUCGGUUUCGUUGGAAGUAGCCGUACAAUGAUUUUCACACUAUAAAUUGGAGGGAGGUUGCCAACACAUAUCACGUGCGGAUUAUGGUUCUAUCUAAUCAAGGGAAGGAGAUUUGACGCGGAGACAAGAAAAGAGUACAAAGGUCACGCUUUUUGCCCCUUUGCCUUCGGUUUUUGCGGUAGGCCAGAAAGCAUCUUCUGUGUAGCAAUAGUUGCUCAUUCAAGAUUUGCAUUUUGCGUUGGCUACAAAUCUUGAAGCGUGAUAAAAUAUGUCGAACAUCAAUGUAGAUUUUUUCAAAAGUGCUUUAUUGUUUUCUAUUCUAGUCUGAAUGAUUGAUAAUAAUCGAAUAGUAUAAUAAUGCAUUCCCAAAUUUUCAUUAGGGAGGCACCGUAAUGCCUCCAUAAUCAGUCAAAAUUCUACGGAACAAGAAGUACAAAUUUGUCAGAGAUACCACGGAGGAAGUAGCUGAAAAUUGUAAUUUGACUUUAGUGAACCAAAAAUAACUGAGAUGAGGCCCUUUUUAACCCUGACCCUCGGGUGUUUUUAAACUGAAGGCUAUCGCAAGAAUGUAUCAAGUACAUAAUUUGUGAAUUCUAUAAAUUAACGCUAGGGGUAGAUAUAAUGUCGUUCGCUCUUUAAGGAAAAUAUAUUCAUUUCGUCUCAUCCGUGGUUUAUAGCUGUUAAGCCCUCAAGUUUUUAGCUUGGAUUUGAAUACCGAUUACACUGUUACCUCGUAAAGAUGCUUUAAGGGGCCCUAGCUCGAUUUUUUUAUAAAAUUUUAUUAUUUAAAAGGUCCAUGCACUACAGGACCUUUCAAUUCCAUCUCGGCCUAUGCGUAGAGUUGCUCAUACAAUGAGGACUCUUUAUGUGAAUUGUGAAUAUGUGAAUUCAAAUGUAAAUAAAGUUGUUUUUAUUUUUA